AUGAUUCGACUAGACGGAUUUAACGAAGGAACCACGCUGCAAGAGCUACUGCAGGAAAUCAGCAUAAUGGCCGAACUGGAUCAUCCGAAUGUGAUUACGGGUAGGUUUUUGGCGUUUCUGUUACCGUUUGUUUUUACUGUUCUCAGGGAAAAGAGUAAGCAUAACAAACGGGGAACAGAUGAAACACCAAGACCCUACUUCUAAUGUGUUCAAAGUUUUCGAGUAUUUCACUGGUCCGACACGCGACAGGGUAUGAACAUGGAACUACUAACUUACAACAAAGAACUAGAAAGUAGUCGCAGUCCUCGCCAGGUUGUUUUUUUCUGAAUAGAUUUUCAGGAGGAAAUUUAUCAAACGACUACGACGAGAGCAAUCCUGCAUGCUCGAGCAUGUUUUAAUUCUACGCUUCUGCGAGAAAAGUAAACAGUCCCCUCUCAAUAUCUCUCUACGCGUUCGUUGCAAGUGAUUAUGGAGUUAUGCCAGGGUGGCGAACUUUGGGACCGUUUUCCGAAGUACGAAAGCGCUCCCGCAGCUGAGAAAGAACGGUGGGUAUUCAGUAUCCUCAUCCAGAUCCUACGUGCCCUUGCCUUCAUGCACGACUCGGUCCGGAUAGCGCAUAAAGGUACAUCUAAUUGUUUCAAGUAUCUCUAUUGAAUUCCUGUUAGUGGUCUUAGAGUGGGUCUGGGUGUGACAAGUAGGCCUAGGACUACUCCUGAAUUAGAAUGGAGAUGUAAGUCUGUAAAUGCGGAUCGUAAAAAGCGUAGUGCAAACUACCAUAUCACUUCAUUCAUCUAAUUACGAACGCUUCUAAUUUCCCAAAUUUUUGCAGAUCUGAAGCCUGAGAACGUGCUUUUUUUGCAUCGUGAGUCUGAGUCUUUGCGGAUCAUUGAUUUUGGACUUGCCGAAAAGUUCAAAAUGGGCCAAAGUAAGUCGGACCAGCAGUGCGGGACGCCACUAUUUUCUGCGCCAGAGAUCCUAUCAGAAAAGGAGUUCGACUUCAAAGUUGAUGUCUGGUCAUGCGGAGUCAUGAUGUAUCACAUGCUCGAGAACAGAGGCCCCUUCCCAGCAAAGACCCUCACCGAAUUGAAGCAAAUGGUCUUAAAUGUAUGAUAUCAUGAUACGAUGCAUUGAGAUUCACAUUCAUUUUCAUACAUCACUAGUUAUUAAUAAAUAGCCUAAGCUUGUUUCAUGUGAUUAGAGUCCAAGUAAACCCUUGCACACCAACGUUUUUUCAUCUCAACAUCAUUAGGUUUGCACCAACGCUUAUGCUAUUCCCCGACCUGGCCGAAACACGCGUGAUUUGUCUUCUGACUGCAUCGAUUGCUGUUUCCGUAUGCUGAGCCGGGAUCCGCGAGAUCGUCCCAGGGCCUCCGACGUCUUGAAAAAAGACCCUUGGCUAUUACUUACGACUACUCCUCUUGGUCAGUUGUAUUUUUCGUGGAAAAUUGAAGACUGACAGGUCCUCCUCCUCCCGAACUCGAAAUCCAUCUCGUGGAGGACCAAUGCGAUAAGUUUUCUCUCUUAAUUUAGAAAAGAUGGAUGUGUGGAUGUGGAAGUCUUAGCUAUACUUCGCGUGGACAUGCUGUCCGAUGAAGCAAGUGCAUGGCGUCAAACACUUUGGAUGAAGGACGUAAUUCAGCAUCAGCACACAUCGACUUGUUUCCUUUUCUUUUAGUCGUAUCUUCACCCUUUUUUUCGCGUCUAAUGUUCGCAUGAGCCGUGCUGUAGAGGACGGCGGAAUGAUUUCACCCGGCGUCUGCCAGAUUCUCGAAAAUUACCAUAGACAAUCCGAGCUGAAGAAGGCUGUUUACCUCUUCAUCUUAUGGACUGUUUUUAAUUCAUUUAUGAUACCCCUAGGUCCCCGAAUACCUUCCACCAUGUUGAUGUAGAGUAUAGUGUAUAAUGUUAUUUCAUUUAUACUCUCGACAACAUCUGGAUCUGCAUCCUGCCCAGGCCAACAGAACUCAGCGCUAAGACUCGUCUACUUCUAUUUCAACGCGAGUCUCAACAAGCUGGCGGAGCCCGUUCGUGUGCUGUUUACGUAUCUGGAUUUGAACAACACUGGCCGGAUUCAGCAAGAGGACAUCCGGCAAGUGCUCUCACGAGCGGGGUUGCAUUCUCGCGCGUUAGCUGGAGGCAUUGCGCAUUCACUCUGUCGACGAAAGGGGGCAACUUAUGGAGGGAGCGUUACAUUCACUAGGAAAAAAGUUCUUUCUCGAUGUAAGUAGGUUACGUACUUAAGUUAGAUGCACAAUAAAAGAUAAAAUGGAACAUCACUUCUAUCACAAUACUCUCCAUGAAGAUUUUUGUCUCGCUCCAUAUUUAUCCAUCCAUUUCUAAUCGAUUGAUGUUGCGUUUUCCGAAUUUUUAGCGGCAAUAUGCUCGAUCCGCAUCAGUACGCGACAGCACGAGCUCAUUCGUUUGGCCUUUCUCGCUUUCGACAAGGGGUCGAAGGGCUACCUCCUUCCUGCGGAUCUUGUUCGUGUGUGUGCUGGUGGUCGAGAUACAUCGCUUAUGACUGUUGAGAUGCCAUGAAUAUCUUCAGAUAGAAUUUAGAAGGGGGUAACAAGUAAGUAAUUGUAGUUGUUGCAUUACAAGCAUCUGCUACGGUUUGAUAUUACUGAUGAUAUUGAUUUAUGCAUCGACCAGGAGUAGAGGCAUUGGCUUCGGAUAUUCGAAAACUCAAAAUAACCGAGUUACUGACUGAAAUAAGGGAGGUAGCUUAACAUCAAGGCUACGCUUCCUUUUCAUUAGUAUCUCGCUUAUUCUGAUCAGUUACUUGCUUAUUUCAGUUUUUCGAAUAGUCAAAAUUCUGUAUCCAAAAGCUUGUUUCCACUUUCAUAGUACAAGACGACGAGCUGCGACAGCUGAUAUCAGCGGAGUUUCCUGGUAGAGAUCGCAUAAGCUAUGACGAUUUCCUAGCAAAAAUGCGGAGUGUAGGGGCAACACAGGGUGGCGACCAACUGAUGGGCGUCGCGUAGCUAAUUUGGUGCUGUAACACGAUCACGAAGCGGAAGCGGCCUUACUUACUCACAAUAUUGCUAGUGUAUAAUGUACCUAUAUGUACUUAUACUAGAGUUAGAUCUAGUGUCCUGCUCCUGCGAGGCCGCUCAUACAUAACAUGGUAGUACCGUAAUUUUCAUAGCCCAGUAGUACAACUUAUAGAUGUAGAACCUUGUCAUUUAUUUUUUGAUAUAUUCACAAUAAUCUUACACUCGUUAAUCUUAAUGUGGAUCUGCAUCAUUGCUUUGGUCAUUUUGUGUUUUCAUUCUCUUUCUACAUCGUAUUUGGUAUGAAGGAUAUCGAUAAAAGCUUGCGCUAAAGUUUCUUCGUUCGAUUUUUGUUUCCCUCAUGUUCAUACUACAUUGUUGUCGUACAUCGUCAUCGGUUCGCUGUUUCUCAUAUUGAUGGGACCAGCCAAGGUCUACGUUUCGUUAUCGGUUCUUGUAAAAACCGAAGCGUCUCCUGUCGCAUCAUUCAUAUUUUUUACUCACUAAAUCACAGUCAACACGGACUACUUGUAACAAUGUUGUCACAAAUUAAUUCACGAAAAUUGAAAAUCGUUCUUGUCACGCUCACGACGACAUGAUGAUUUUCUCUGACAAAAAAACGGGUCAUUAUAGACUCGCUCCGUAUGUUGAGAUUUGCGUUGCUAUUGUACCAAUGUUUUUUCAGCACAAUAUCUAUGGGUGCAAACAGCCACAACAGACGGAUAAGAAGUGGUUUAAUGUCAAUUUACUGGAGCAGAAAAUUGUUGCUGUACUUGUUUUCCGCUUAUAUGAAAAUAAUGACUAUAUUCAACAUGCCGGAUUAUACUGGCUGAAAAUUAAUCGCAAAAGCGAAAAGUAAGAGAGUAUGAAAGAACGAGAUCGGGGUUCUUGCCCUGUUGAGGGGCUGUGCGUGCCCCCAGUGUACAAGAAACCUUGUCAGCUUCAUCGAGGGUUCCAAAAGAUGCGUACGAGUACGCCUUCGCAGC